GACGACUGACGAUAUUUGAUUGCAAGUCGCAACAUCAUCGAGGUGAUCGAACGCGAAAAAAAACGUAAAACGGGAAGAUAACAGACAAGAACUCGCUGCAAAUCAUAUUGAAACAGUGAAACCAAGCGUCUAUACAAAAAAGGAAUUUGAUUUACAGCAAAAACUCAACUCUCAACUCUGAAUCGAUUCAGUCGAGACUCGAGUGAUUCCCGUUCUAGUUUUACUGCCCGCUUUAGCUUUCGAAUCAAAUCAAGGUAAAGCAAGAGUUGUUCAUCUUUUGUCAGGAUGGAACAACCGCCACCAUACAGCCAAGGUAACCAGUAUCCACCUCAAUCUGCUCCUUAUCCUCCAGAACAGCACCCUGGUUAUCCACCACAGAAAGAUCAUGGAGGCAGUGGGUAUCCACCACAAGGCUAUCCACCCCAAGGACAGGGUUAUCCACCCCAAGGACAGGGUUAUCCUCCCCAAGGACAGGGUUAUCCACCCCAAGGGCAUUUUCAGCAACCUGCUGGGUUUUCAUCCCAAACAAACAAUACCACAACAGUGGUUGUACAAAAUCAACCACAAGUCGUAACAAGCACAGUUAUUCCUGUGGUCAACGAUCAAAUGGGAUUGGCUAUCUUCGCUUGUUUGUGUUGUUGCCCUCUGAUUGGAUUAAUUGCCAUUGUGAAGUCGUCGGAGUCGAGAAGCCGCUAUGUGUCUGGCGAUUAUGUCGGCGCAGUUUCCUCAGCCCAGAGCUCAAGGAACCUCUCAUAUGCUGCUAUUGUGUGUGGUCUGAUUAUGAUACCCCUGAUCAUAGUACUGCGAGUGGUCGUUUUUGCCACUACCUAUGAAAGCAACGACUACAACAACUAAAAAUGACUGAGCUCGUUUGCAAUUUUGGUACAUGAUAUACAGUAGCACUUUACUCUACGAAUGCUUUAAUUAGUUCUGAGAAUUUAGCGUAACUUUGAGCAACAAUGGACAUGUACAAUACGCGAAAUGUUAAUUUGGUUUUUUUCGCGGUUUAACUCUUAAUAAAAAGUAUAAGGAUUAAGGAAUUUGUGAACUUUUACGUUUGAUAAUUUUUUUAACAUUAUAGUUUAUUACAACGCUUGUGAAAAUUUAAUGUUAAGUAAUGCAUGUAUCCAAUAUUGAAAUUUAAACUUAAAAUACACUGUAGUCUAAUCAA